GAGCGCGUUACCCGGCAUGCAGCGGGCGGCGCGUUCGCACCAAGAUGGCGGCGCCUCUGGAUGAGUACGAGAAAGAAGCGGGUUGCGUCCCUAUCCUGCACCCUGAGGAAAUCAAGCCUCAAGCCCAUUAUAACCAUGGAUACAGUGAACCUCUUGGGCGUAAAAGCCACAUUGAUGAUUAUAGCACUUGGGAUAUUGUCAAAGCUACACAGUAUGGUAUUUAUGAACGUUGUCGAGAGUUGGUGGAAGCAGGUUAUGAUGUACGGCAACCAGAUAAAGAAAAUGUUACACUUCUCCAUUGGGCUGCAAUCAACAACAGAUUAGAUUUAGUGAAGUACUACAUAUCAAAGGGUGCUAUUGUUGACCAGCUAGGGGGUGACUUGAACUCCACACCACUUCACUGGGCGACAAGACAAGGUCAUUUAUCGAUGGUUGUACAGCUAAUGAAAUAUGGUGCAGAUCCAUCAUUAAUUGAUGGGGAAGGAUGCAGUUGUAUUCACUUAGCAGCCCAGUUUGGACAUACCUCUAUUGUUGCGUAUCUAAUAGCCAAGGGGCAGGAUGUAGAUAUGAUGGAUCAAAAUGGAAUGACUCCUUUAAUGUGGGCAGCUUACAGAACACACAGUGUGGAUCCCACUCGGUUGCUACUUACUUUCAAUGUUUCAGUGAAUCUGGGAGACAAAUAUCAUAAGAACACAGCACUACAUUGGGCGGUACUAGCAGGAAAUACCACAGUGAUUAGUCUUCUUCUAGAAGCUGGAGCUAAUGUUGAUGCCCAGAAUAUCAAGGGUGAAUCACCACUUGAUUUAGCAAAACAAAGAAAAAAUGUUUGGAUGAUAAACCAUCUACAGGAGGCAAGGCAGGCAAAAGGAUAUGACAAUCCAUCAUUUCUCAGAAAGCUCAGGGCUGAUAAGGAAUUUCGUCAGAAGGUGAUGCUAGGAACACCUUUCCUAGUUAUUUGGCUGGUUGGGUUUAUAGCAGACCUUGAUAUUGAUUCUUGGCUCAUUAAAGGACUAAUGUAUGGUGGUGUUUGGGCUAUGGUUCAGUUUCUAUCCAAAUCAUUCUUUGAUCACUCCAUGCAUAGUGCACUGCCUCUUGGAAUCUACCUAGCAACAAAAUUCUGGAUGUAUGUGACAUGGUUUUUCUGGUUCUGGAAUGAUCUAAAUUUUCUGUUCAUCCACCUACCAUUUCUUGCGAAUAGUGUUGCACUUUUUUACAAUUUUGGGAAAUCCUGGAAAUCGGACCCAGGAAUAAUUAAAGCCACCGAAGAACAAAAGAAAAAGACAAUAGUAGAACUUGCAGAGACGGGAAGUUUGGACCUCAGUAUAUUCUGCAGCACCUGUUUGAUACGGAAACCAGUGAGAUCCAAACAUUGUGGCGUAUGCAAUCGAUGUAUAGCCAAAUUUGAUCACCACUGUCCAUGGGUCGGUAACUGCGUAGGAGCAGGCAAUCAUCGAUAUUUCAUGGGAUAUCUGUUCUUUUUACUCUUCAUGAUUUGCUGGAUGAUUUAUGGAUGUAUCUCUUACUGGGGAAUACACUGUCACACUACUUACACAGCAGAUGGUUUUUGGACCUAUAUUACACAAAUAGCCACCUGUUCACCUUGGAUGUUCUGGAUGUUUCUGAACAGCGUGUUUCAUUUCAUGUGGGUGGCUGUGCUGCUAAUGUGUCAGAUGUAUCAGAUCUCUUGUUUAGGUAUAACUACAAAUGAAAGGAUGAAUGCAAGACGAUACAAGCACUUUAAAGUUACAACGACGUCUAUUGAAAGCCCAUUUAACCAUGGAUGUAUAAGAAAUAUUAUAGACUUCUUUGAAUUCAGAUGCUGUGGUCUUUUUCGUCCUGUUAUUGUGGACUGGACAAGGCAAUAUACAAUAGAAUAUGACCAAACAACGGGAAGUGGAUACCAGCUAGUGUAACACCCACCUCCAACCUGUGAGCAUAUCAUAUCUGAGUGGUGCCUGAAAAUUUGUUUCUCUUGAAUCCACAUCUCUUGAACAGUAGCAUGCUAUGAAUAGAGCUAACAGUGGUACCUUCUCUACGUCAGUUUUAUUAACAGAUGUAAAAAAGAGGACAGAAUAAACUGCCAAUCCUGAUAAUGAGGAGGAAGAUGAAAAAGGGAUUUUAACUGUUCUUACCACAGGAAUUAUUCACAAAGACAUAUUCACACCAUUUUCUUUCCUUUUACCUGCUUUCACAAUGGAGCAUGAGAUUGUUAAAAUACAAACAUACUAAAAGUCAUGCUGUGCUGAACAUUCGAUAUUUAUUUCAUAAUUUGAACAAUUUCAUUGGAAUUAAAGUCAAAUUUUACAAAGCAAGUCAGACUUUGAGAUCACUGUAUUAUAUUUAAUGUAAUGGAUUUUUUGUAUAGAUUUGCUAUGUGCAUUGAAAAAAAAUGUGCAUUCAAUACUCUUGAAAAAUCAUGUGGUUUUAUUGGGGAUCCACCAUAAAUGUGAAGUUGCUGAAGCAGGACACAGAAGGAUGUUGGUCGCAAAACUGUUAUCUAAAUGUAAUGGCUGUCAGCUGUUAGGGCUGUCUUGUUUCUGAUACAGUGAGUUAAUCGUAAUAAACCUUGUGUGAAGUUGUACAUUCAGGGGGUGGGAGGGAAGUUGCACAAAGGAAGUACAGCUCUUCUGUCCAAUAUAAAGCCCUACUUACAUGCAUGAUGAUACUUUUUAAAAUUAGACUACAAAAUAGCAUAAUAAUCUGCAAAAAGUAAAGAAAAAAAUUGUAAUAUAUGCAGUCAGUGAAAUUCCGGUUCCUAAAUAAUGGGAAUCGUUGUGCAUGAUACAUUCUACAGUCAUCUGAGAGUUGAAAACUUAACAAGAAGUCACAUAGGUGGAACCAAAGAAAGAAAAGCAAACUCUCAGUAUUAGGAAGAAAGAAUAUGACUGUAAUUAAAUUGGAUGCAGUUGCUGGCGAAGUAAAAACUGAUUAAAACUUAAUGUUUUAAAACAUUAAAUGAUGGAAUUUAAGUUAAAGCAAGUUAUAAUUUCUUUGUAGCACACGUAAGUGAAAAAUAUAAAAUGGUGAGUGGGAUACACCCUUAACUUUUGUUUGUCUCAAAUUAUCAAGGCCAGAUCUGUUUGAAAGGUAAGGAGAGUGGUAUGAAGUUGCAUUCCGGAAGAGCUUUUUGUUGUUGAAUGUGAUGCACUGAUUUUCUGUUAAGGCAUUUUUUAUAUAUAUUCCUUGUGAAUUAUUCACUGCUUCCUUGACUAUUGUUUACAGAGAGACUUGAAAUCUGUUUAGUUCUCUUUUAAGUGCUGUAGCAACAUAGUGGUUCAAGAAUCCUGUGAGGGGGAUUUGGGGAGGGGAACCUUAAUACAGAUGAUAGAGACCAGUGUAAAGAAUGUGUAUCUGUAUAUAAAUAAUUUAUCAAAUAGUUUUUCUCGUUGUGAAUGUGUGUGCGUGUGCGUUAGUAUAUUUGAAAGCUGCUCAUUUCACUUUAUCCAACCAAAAAUGUAGGAAGAUAUCUAAUGGGCUGUUUAGUAACGAUCAAUUUUGCUGUUAAUAGGCACUGUACCCUGAAAUUUCACUGCAUGUUUGAUGCUUGGCAAAACUAGCAUUUCCUGUAAUAUGAAGAUUACAGGUAUUAAAGCAAUCUAGUGGUAUUCCCGCCCCUUGCCUUAGUAAGAGGAGCAGUGAAACUGUAAAUAGUUGAUGUUAAGUAUUUGCAGGUAGAUGUUUUCUUUCUCUAGCUGUUUCUUUGAUCGCAGGCGUGCAUAGUUUGCAAGUACCAGAUAUCAAGAUUUACAGAAGUGCAACAUUAGUAUAACUUGAAUGUUUAAUAAUGGAAAAAUCCAACCUUAUCUUUGAGAUACUAUCUGUGAGGGGAAGAGAGUGAAGUUGGGUGCAGGGGUGGCAAAAGGCCUGUGCCAUUUUUACAUAUAUAAUUUAGAAAUAUAACAAGAAUAUAUUAUUCUUAUACCAUUACUUGUAAUUUUAAUUUCAAAGCUGAAAGCAUUUUGGCAGCACCUUUUAUUAUUUUACAUUAACAGCCCAAUUCUAAACAGGCUCACUCAGAAAUAAGUUCCACUUAGUUCAGUGGGAGUUAUUUCUUAGUAAGGGUGCUUAGGAUUGCACACUUAGUAAGUGUGCUUAGGAUUGCAGCCUCAGUGUAGUUGACUCCCUUUUGGGAAAAGUGUAGUUCUACAGAAACACUUAUUUGAUGUUAAAAGCCCUGAUUUCAUGGGCUUAUUUGAUGUUAAUUUUUUUUUAAUAUAAAUACAUUUCAUAGGUCCAGAAAAAACUGUAUAACAUACUUUUGACAGUUCCAGUAAUGUGUAUCAUAUGGCGUCCUUGUGCAAAUAAUUGUAAAUUGUGUCCUUGAUAACAACAAAAAGUAAAUCCUACUUCAGUUGAGCCAAAAGACAUAGUGUAAAUUUUGCUUGAAUGCACACUACAAAAUUGGCAAAGAGACAAUAUAAUAGUGGAUUUAGAAUCAUCCAGAGGAAUGUUCUAUAUUUGAGGCUUCUAGAAUACUUCUUCUAGUUGCCAGAAAUACUGAGGUGUAUAUUCUGAAGCCUGAAUGGGGGUGGGCAAAAUCUAUGCAGCAUUUCUUUUCUGCCAAGAAAUUUCUUAAAUGUAUUGCAGCACAACACAUCUCUCUAUGGGCUGUAUGCAACCAAUCCAAAUAGAUUAGAAGUUAGACAUUCAUUGUUCUGAUAUAGAAUAAGCUAAUGAAAAUUUUGUCUCUGCCCUAGAAAAACUUUUUUUUUGCAGUUUUUCAGUACCUCCUCCCUUAGCUUUUGUUUUUAACAGUUAAUAUGCAUAAAAGUGCAGCACUGUUUUAAACGGAGAUUUUAAUUUUUUAAUUUACCUUAUUUAUAACUGUGCCAAGUAUUAUUUUACUACUGUCACGAUAUUGAUGUAUUACAUUGUGAACAAAAUCUGUAAAAUGUUUAAUAAAAUAGCUCUCCUUACUUAAAUUAAACCUGUCAAUUUUGUAAGUUAUUAAUCAAAUAAAUACUUGUC